AUGUGGUGGUCGGUGUUGCCCUUGCUUUUCCCGUCGGCGCUCGCCGCUCAACCUGCCGCGCCCGCCCCCAUCCGUGCUCCAUUACGCGAUCUCCAUCUCGGACAACUCAACUUCCUCCACACCACCGAUACUCAUGGCUGGCUGGCCGGUCAUCUGCAGGAGCCCUCAUUUUCGGCGGACUGGGGCGACUAUAUCUCCUUCGCCGAGCGCAUGCGGGAAAAGAUUGAGGCUCAAGGUCGGGAUCUGCUAGUGGUCGAUACCGGGGACCGAGUCGAGGGAAAUGGCCUCUACGAUUCUUCUCAACCACAAGGGGUCUACCUCUCGGAGAUCCUCCGCCACCAACAUAUCGAUGUGAUGACCUCCGGGAACCACGAACUAUACAAACACAACACCUCCGAAGCUGAGCUCCAGGUCACCGUUCCCAAUUUCCGAGGUAGCUAUCUCGCCUCGAAUAUCGAUAUAAUUCACCCGGAGACCCAAGAGCUGGUCCCGCUGGCCUCUCGAUAUAAGAAAUUUACUACCAAACAACAGGGGAUUCGUAUCGUAGCUUUCGGCUUCCUCUUCGACUUCACCGGCAACUAUAAUAAUACCGUCGUGCAGCGCGUGGAGGAGACCAUCAAAGAAGAUUGGUUUCAAGAGGCUAUUAACGACGAAGAGGUCGAUCUCUUCGUCGUCGCCGGACACGUCCCCGCCCAUUCCCCAGAGUAUAAGGCCAUCUUCACCGAGAUUCGGUCUACCCGGGGACACGGGACACUCCGAUCCAAUUAUGCCCAGUACGAUGCAAAGGCCGUCGCUCUCGCCAGCGGUCGAUUCAUGGAGACCAUCGGGUUUAUGUCGAUCGAUGGUCUAUCCUCCACUAACGACCCAAGCACCACCGCCGGCCCCGUCUUCAAGCGACGAUACAUUGAUAACAACCUCUACUCCUACUACCAUCAUACAGGUCUUGACGAAAGCUCUUUCCAUACGGACAAGGGCCUAAAUGUAUCCCAGCUCAUUACGGACUCGCGGAGUGCCCUCCACCUGGACAAGAUCCACGGGUGUAAUCCGCGUGACCUUUGGAUGUCACGAGCCCCGUACCCACACGAUGAUAGCAUCUAUACUUGGCUAGAGAAGGAGGUCUUGCCGGCUACAUUGAAGAAUGAGUCUCGUGGAGACGGAGACCGCCCUGCAGUAGCCGUUCUGAAUACAGGCGCUAUCCGCUUCGACAUCUUCAAGGGUCCCUUUACUCAGGAUACCAUGUGGAUCAUUUCCCCAUUUACCAACGAAUUUCGAUACGUGAAAGACGUUCCUUACGAUAAAGUACAACUGAUUAUGGAAGUUCUCAACAAGCAACCACAGGUUUUGACAAGCUCCUUGGAGGAGACGUUCGAUGGCGUUGAUGCCUUGUGCCCCCCAGCUCAAGUCAAACAUCUUGAUAGUGUGCUUGCGAGCCCAGAACCAUCGAAUGAAUGGCAUGGUUUAGAUAUGGCUGGCACGGGCCAGAUACCCCUGUCGGCUGAAAACCCAUCCGGUGCAGUUGUUCCGGGAUAUACAACCCAAGAUGAUGCCGGUCACGACGGAGAUGACACGAUACACUCCCCCAUUUCCUUUUAUCGUGUACCAAACGUCUUCCAAGCGACACUGUCUGCAAAUUCGUCGGCUACGCCUGAGACAGUAGACUUGGUGUACAUUGAAUUCCUCCAGUCGUAUCUCACGCUGGCGGCCAAGUUUGCCCAGCUUGAUCUUGACUUUGCUAAGGAGAGCGAGAGUUAUAUGCCAGGCUCGACGCUGACGGAUUUGGUCUUGGAAUGGGUGGGGAAGAACUGGCCAUGCAAUUAA